AUGCCGGCCGAAUCUGAGCAGACUGCGUCGAGCAGCCAAAACACGGGCCGGGCAGACAACUAUGUGCCCAUCUUCGAUAAUACUCAGAGGUCCUACAAGGAGUUCCGAAAGCGGUGCGAAAUCUACCAAAAGAAGAUGACCUUGGCUGGACGCUCGAAGGAGACUGUCUUCAACAUUGUCACGCUCUUGACGGGCAAGGCUUGGGACUUGAUCGACGAUCUCCCCCUUGAGACCUUGGAGGGCGACAGUGGCUACAAGACGGUGUUCGAGCGCCUGGACCGGGCCUUCAAGUACGAUGCUCUGACUGAGUUGCCAGAGGACUUCGAGAACUUCUUUGUUAGAUUGCAUCGGAAGGCAAGCCAUACCUUGCAGGACUACUCGGCUGAGUACUCUCGAGCUGAAAGGCAACUGAGGGUGACCCACAACGUGGACCUGCCGGAGAAAGUGAAAGCCUGGUGGUACCUCCGAAAAGCUGGCAUCUCCAGAGAGCAGCGCCAACUUAUCCUGACCAACGUCGGCACGGAUAACUUGAGUGUGGAGAAGAUCCAGCAGGCUAUGAACUUCAUCCUUGGGCAGGACUCCAAGCCAGAGCGCAGCAGGAGCCACAAGGACGGCGCCUACUACCAGGACGAAUACCUUGGUGGCGAGGACCCCUACGAGGAUGACUACGAGGACGACUCUGUCUUCUACCAGGACCACGCCUACGAUGACGGCACUCCCUGGAUCGAUUGCGACCAAGACUACUACGGCGGCGCGAUCGAGCACGACCAAGGCGAGGCCGAGAUCUUUGACGUGGAGGAGUUCGAUGAUGUCUUUGCAAUGUACUCCGAUGCGAAGGCAAGAUUGAAUUCCAUGCGGAUGGCUCGCGGCUUCUACCCCGUUGUGGCCUUGGUGGACAAGGGUGCCUCCGGCUCGGGGAUGCCAUUGGGCAGCGCUAAGGGCAAGAGCAGGCAAUUGUCGGCCGACAGGUUUGCCUACGCUGUGGCCAGUCGGGUGGAAGAGAACCCGGACGAGGUCAUGAUGGUCGAGACCUUUGCCCUGGACGAGAAUGACUGCGACGAUGUUGAGUCAAGCAACCUUGCGGUUCAAGAUGGUGGCGCUUCCUCUGUGCUGGGCAGUCGCUUCAGCAUUCGACGAUACAUGCGCUACCUGGUGUUGACCUACAUCAUCGAUGGCCAGGCCCCGAUCCUGUUUGGACGACCCGCGCUGGAGCAGCUCGGCAUCACCGUGGACUACGAGAGUCGGCAGAUGCGUUGGCCUGGCUGCAGCUGGCAGCCAAUUCCCCUUGGACACCGUGGAGAACAUCAACUUGAAUUGGUCGAGGACAUGGGCAUCCUCAACUCCGACACUGAGUAUGCCAAGGUCCUGAUGCCCGACGACCACGAGAACCACGUGGACACCAACAACCCUCUCUCGGUUGAUGACGUGCUGGCAUUUGAGGACGGCGACUUGCUUGCUGAGCACUACGGAGCGAAC